AUGUCUGAAAGCACACUGGCAGCAAUAAACCACGCGUUAGAGCUGGGUGCGUACAAAAACGCAGCCCAACUGGUAGGCAAGCUGAUCAAGACGAACCCACAAUCUCCAUAUCCACGGGUUUUAGCAGCUCACAUCAGUUUUUUGAGUGGGAAAAAAGAUGAAGCGCUGAACCUUGCCAAGAACGCAGCAUCUCUGAAGCCUACGGAUCAAGAUUCGCUGCAGUUGCUGAGCGACGUGUUUCUGGCAUUGGGUAUGCCGAAGGAAGUUUCAGAAAUCUACGAGGCCGCAUGCCUCAAGAGCCCCACCAUUGCGCAGGCCUAUAUUUGGUUUGAGAGAUGUUGCUACACUGGCGAUUAUUUGGGGCUACAAAAAUCCUCGUUUUUGCUACCAAAACCUAGUGCAGUAAACCUGCGUCUGUUCAAAUUCUGGAGUGCUGAAUGUAUGGUUCUUGCCUUGGAAACAAAGAGGUUAUUGCCAAAUCACCGGAAACUGUUCCCACUCUUGGGGCUGAAGAUUGUGGAUGCUCAGAGACCUUUUGUGAAUGCCCAAGAGACGUAUAUCUACGUGAAAUUGCUGAUGGCAGCAGGACGUCUGUAUGAUGCUGUCGCUGAGAUUAAAGCUUUUUCUGUCCAAGACGAUGAUCUCGAGCUCAGAUGCAUCCUGUUAGAUGCUCUGAGCAAAGGAGAAUUAUGGGACCAGCUUUAUGACGAGUGCAAGCAGUUGGUCACCGAGAAGGUUGUGGACGACUGGGAUGUCUGGUCCGGACUCAUCAAAGCAGCUUCCAAGCUGGGCAGGCUUGAUGAUGUCCAAAACAUGGUUGAUGUUGCUAAAUCCUCUAGAAACCGUGAUCUGGCCUAUCUGGCCAUUGACAGGGCGAACGAUGUCGUGGAGUAUGGUCAUUUUUCAGCCUAUCUACUCAAGUACGGCCACAAGACGUGCUGCUUUCCCGACCUGAAGAUUUUUUUAACAGAAGACUCCCACGUGGAUACCGGCAAGUUUCUCGCCGAAUUGGAAUCAGUUUCUCAAGAAAAACUUAUCCCUGAUGUUCUGAGGAAACAAAGAAAGGCCACAGAGGACGAAGCCAUAUUCCUGGUCAACACCAUCAAGUUCGAGCUGCUCCUUGAUCCGUCCCUGCUAUCCUCCGCAGGUUUUGUCAAAAAAUGUCAGAGAAUGUACAAUCUGACCAAACAUUUGCUUUCCUCGAAGGAAAAGACCGAUUAUUUUAUAGGCGAGGAGUUCUUGCUGGUUGCAGUACAGGCCAUUCUGACCCAAUCCGCUAAAGACGAGCUUAAGCUCAAGGACGUGCUUUCAUGCAUUUUAAUCCUGGAGAAUGCAGUUCAAACCGAUAUUCACGAGUUUCACCUUCGCUUAUGGCUGGUACAAUUAUAUUUGCUUAUCAAUUGUUUUGGUGCGGCUAAAGUCCAUUAUGACUCUCUCAGUAUCAAGAUGACCCAGCACGACACCUUAUCGCAGGCGAUUCUUUCCCGUGUGGAAACCCUCACUGCCAAAGAAUAUGCUCUCAAAAUGCUGGAGAGCGCUGAAGACGUGUACUCGUAUGGGGCCGAGGAAGUUCCGUAUUGCCUAAAACAGGCUUUUCAAAAGGGAGCUUACAAUAAGGUGAAAGGCUUCGUUGAUCUGAACAACCGAUUGAACCACUCUUUGACCAGACACCUCAACUCGAUCUCGAUGCUGAAGCUCAGGAGACUCAAUGGCGAUAAACAAAGUUUGCAAUUUAAUUUGGAGGGCUUACAGAAGGAGUAUAUGGCAACCUUGGUGGCCGAAGACUUCAAUUCAAAUGACCUUGAUUUAGACAUCAGGGUAAGCGAUAACCGUGAUGUUUCCACGAUGUGGAAGUUUGGAACCGAGGAAAUUGACAAGAGCUUGGAGAGUGCCAUUUCAAUUGGCCCCAGAACAGAUGUUCAUUACUUGAAAGUGAAUGCUGCCAAAGAGUUAUUGCUCACAUCAAACACAGACACUGAAAGCUACAUUUCGUUUCUGGAGACUGCCCUUGACCAGACGUUGUUCCAAAGUAAACUCACCAAUGUCGAGCUGUGGGUACUACAAUUGGAAUUGGAGAUUGCCAAGUUGGUCCAGAAAGAUUCUGUGCAUUCCUCAGAGAUAAUGGAGGUAUUUAGUCGAAGACCUGUUGCUCCGGUCUCACCUUUGUCUUGGAAAGCCAACCAUUAUCACUUGGUUUUGGCCCACUCCAUAAAGAGCAUUACCAUCUACAUGUCCACACACAAUACUGGCAGAAGCAAAAAGGUCUUCCACAAAAUCAGGACCGAGCUCGCCAAAAUCCAGGAAGAAACCAGGGAAAAGGCCGUGGAGUUGAGCUCCAAGAACAAUGUGAUUAUUCCGCAAUUUCAGAAGGAAAUGCUCGAGUGGGUUUCAAACGAUUCCCUUGGAAAAGAGUUUGGAAUAUCCAAGGCUUUCGUGAAAAGGGUUUUUGGUCAAAUCCAGGCUUCUUCGGACGAGUCGUUGUCGGUGUUGAUAUCGUUGUAG